UUUGUAGAGAGCACAGUAAUUAUUCCGACUAUGCUAGAAAAAUAUGGAAGAUGUCGGAAACGACGACUUCUCAAAGAAGUCGUACUUAUAUUAUUGGUUGCUGCGGUGCAGCCCGUGCUCUCCUCAUCAAAAUCCACCCCAGAAGCUCAGCUCACUGACGUGGAGCUCACUUGCCCGGAUGAUUGGAUCCGACACGGCACGAAAUGCUAUCUCCCAUUCAAUAUUCACCAAAGCUGGCCGUUUGCCAUGACCACGUGUCAAAGAUAUGGAUCGACGUUGGCCAAGAUACAGACUGGAUCCGAGAACCAGUUUAUCGCUUCGUUACUCUCGAAACCCGGCAAACCGACGGAAGGGAAGGAGUAUUGGAUUGGCUUGACUGUUGAGGUCCUUGACGACGACGAACUAUAUCUCUGGUCGGAUGGAACCCCUACAAGCCGUUAUGUUGGAUUCUGGCGCCAAGAUCAACCAAACUUCCUUAAUGGAUCCUGUGCUCUUGGAAAAGUCGAACGAAAAGACCUGGAAUGGCGCCUGGACACCUGCAACUUGCUCCGCAGAUUCGUCUGUGAACGCCCAGCAUGCGUCCAAGGAUCUUACUUCUGUUCUUCUGGAUCUUGCAUCUCCGAGUCAAAAAAGUGUAAUGGACAUAAUGAUUGUGACGAUGGGAGUGACGAGCAAAACUGUCCAUCGGCUUUCCAGCCGAAUUGUAGGACUUAUGAGAAGGGAGAAAGUGGGCAGUUGAGCUCUACGAAUUACCCAAAUUCAUAUGACCCAAAUUUGAAUUGCCGACAUGUGCUCGAAGGACCGAUUAAUUCAAGAAUCGAGCUAACAAUUGAACAUUUUGAGACAGAGCCAGACUUUGAUAUCCUUACAGUCCUGGAUGGAGGUCCAGCGGAAAAUAGUACCACAGUUAUAAAACGUCUCUCUGGAUCCAUGGAAACGGUUCAAACUAUCACAUCGGCCACGAAUAUGAUGAUCGUACAGUUCAGGACCGACGCUCAAUCGAAUGCCAGAGGAUGGCAGUUGAAGUGGAGAGCUGUCCCAUUCACCUGUGGAGGCCACUUUACCGCCCAGGCCUACAUCCAAUCCUUUGUCUCUCCCGGCUACCCAAAGACCUUUGCAAAUGGCGCCGAAUGUGUGUGGACUGUGGAAUCUACGCCAGGACAAGUGGUUUCUUUGAUUUUCGACGACUUCUCUUUGAGGGCCGAAGACAGCCUGAUUGUCUACAAUGGAGCAACACCAUCGGCGACAGUUUUGGCGUCAUUCUCGGGGAACCUCACCACGAAAAAAUACAUCACCUCUUCUACCAACAUCGUCUACAUCUACAUGAUGACUCGCACCACCUCCAGCUCCCGUGGAUUCUCAAUUUCCUACAAACGAGGUUGCGAUCUUUCUAUGACAGAUCCCCACGGAGAAAUUAUCUCCCCGGGGUACCUGGCAACUGAGUACCCGAACGAUGUCACUUGCACCUUCACCAUUGAGAUUGAGAAUUUGAAAGCUGACCGAAGCUUGAGCAUCAUCCCAAAUCGAUUCGACGUCGCUGAUGAUGACUCUGUGAGGAUCUUCGAGAAUUUGGUAAAAGGGAAGGCUCUUCACGAGAGUGAUGGAUUUACGGCAAAGUCGAAACCGGAGAAGCAGAUUGAUUCAGAGGCAAAUCGGCUGCAGAUGGUGUUCAAGUCAAGCGCAUCGAGACAGGCUAUGGGAUUCAACUUCAGUUAUUCUAUUGAUUGCCCAGCUUUCCCAACAGUUCCGAUGGUUACUCUGUCCACCAAGCAAAGAUCUGUGAACACCAAGGUCACUGUGGAAUGCCCUAUUGGAUUUGAGUUUGCCUCUGGAGAAGGUGUCUCAAAAACAGUUGAGUGUUUGAUUGGAGGUACUUGGUCGCAAUCUCAGAUUUCUACUUGUCAGCCAAUCUACUGCGGCGCGGUUCCACAAAUCGCCAAUGGAUUCGUCGACUCUGCCACGAACGUGUCGUUUGGCGGUCAGGUCAAGUACUCCUGCCACAAGGGUUUCUUCUUCGCCUCCGGAAAGGAUGUCGAAACUGUAUACUGCGGAGAACUAGGCAAGUGGGGAAUCCCACCGGCUUGCAAGGCGGCCACGUGCCAACCUCUCGCCCAGUUCAGCAAUGGAGAUCGUCGUCUUGAGUUCGGAGAUGGCACCGGGUACGGUAGUGUGUUCCGCUUUGAUUGCCACUCCGGGUACCGGAGAGAAGGAGUUGAGAGCUCGCUGUGCAAAUCCGAUGGGACAUGGUCUUCAAAGCAACCCAACUGUACAAAAGUCGCCUGCACCCACCUCCCAGAAGUUGCGAAUGCUAAAAUAGAGGUUCCGGAUAGAUUUUUGUUUGGUGACGUGGCCCGAGUGGUCUGCAACUCUGGCUUCACUAUCGACGGACCUGAAGAGAUCCGCUGCUUGGCCAACCAGACGGUGUCCUCCACGCCGAAAUGUAUUGACAUUGACGAGUGCUCGUCCGGAGUGAGUCAGUGUCAAUCUCUCGGCACCCAGUGUGUGAACCUUCCUGGAUCCUACAUGUGUCAAUGUCUAGAUGGGUAUCAACCGCAAUUGAUGUGCCUUGAAUCUAAUCCAAUCGAUGCUCGAUCCUCUUCAAAGUGGUGCGUGGAUUCCAAAAAUGUGGGAAAAGAUCGAAAGUAUCCCACGAAAGUGGUAAAGUUCGCGAUUCCGAUGAUCGUUGAGCAAAUCAAAUUCGCCAAUGUUCGCAACGGAAAAAUCACGAAAAUCAGUAUCAAGUACUCGGAAACUGACAAAACCCGUACCAAAAAGCUUAUCAUCGACAACGAAUCUAUACUCGAUGUGGAUGAGGACAACAUCGCAACACUUCCAAUGGCCAUAGAAGUUCAGGUUCUAGAAAUUGAGGUUGUCGGACUAGAAGGGUCUCCGUGUCUGGAAGUCGAGACACUGGGAUGUCAGCGGACAUCCUGCGCGGAUAUCAAUGAAUGCUUGAAGGAUAAUGGUCAUUGUGAUCAUCUGUGUAUCAAUACGCAGGGGAGUUAUAAGUGCGAUUGCCGCAACGGCUACGACAUCUUCACCGAGAACGGACAAUCCGGCGUGAACGUCUCCACCGGAGAAACCGGCAACAACAUGAACGACUUCAUCCGAUUUAACAAAUCAUGCGUACCCCGACAGUGUUCCCAUAUCGGAUCACCUGAAAAUGGGCAGCUAUUGUCAACUGCCGAACGAUUCGAGUAUCCGAUGAUUGUGCAAUUCCAAUGUGCCUUCGGGUACCAGAUGAUGGGGCCGGACUAUAUUCAGUGUCUGGCUGAUGGAACUUGGAAUGGUACAGAGCCGUUCUGUUUGUCCGCCACUUGCCAGGGAAUCGAGGCUUCUUCUAAAUCCGAUGGGCUCACCGUAACUCCUAACAACUCUACAAUCUCCUUCGGGCAGAAUGUCACAAUCUCUUGCUCCUUUCCAAACCGUCCUGGAAAACUAUCAUCUCCUCUUUCCAACUACCGUCAGUGCAUUUUCGACCCACAAGAUGAUGGAAGAGACUACUGGCUGUCCGGCCCGGCUCCCGAGUGCUCAUUCAUCGAGUGUCCGGCUCCACCAACCAUGCCUGGCGCAGUAUACAAUGGGGAUGUUACCGACAGGAAAAUGGGGUCGACGCUGGAAUUCACCUGCCGCCAACCUUACACCGUUGUCGGAAGAUCGUCUGCUGGCGAUCAGAACAUCAAAUGCUCCCCCGACGCCACCUGGGAUCUAGGAGAUCUGAGAUGUGAGGGUCCGGUUUGUGUAGAUCCAGGAUACCCAUAUGAUGGGCAAGUGGAUCUAGAGUCUGUCGAAGAGGGAGCAAUUGCCAAGUUCUCUUGUAAGAGACCAGGAUUCGUGCCGUUCCCGUCGGACACCUUGCAGUGCACACUUGGAGCAUCGUGUGUGCUCUCUGAGGAUGUGGGUAUUGUGUCUGGGUUCGUGCCGGAUGGAGCGUUCGCCGAUAAUUCCGACUCAACAAAUCUUGGAUAUGAGCCACAUCACGCUAGGAUGGGAUCCUCAGGAUGGUGUGGUGCCAAGGAAGACUUCAUCUUCUUGAGCGUUGAUUUACAGAGAAUCUACACCUUGACUACACUCCGGAUCGCUGGAGUCGCCGGAUCCGGUCAUCUCAAGGGACACGUCACGAAAUUCCAACUGUUCUACAAAACUGAAAACCAGCAUACCCAUAAGCCAUAUCCAGUAGAAUUCGAGUCCCCCGCCGGGAAUCACAACGCUAUGCAUCACUUCGAUCUGAAGUUCCCACUCCGUGCUCGCUACAUUUUGUUCGGAGUCACCGAGUACGAGGGCAACCCGUGCAUGAAGUUCGAUUUAAUGGGAUGCGUCGCGCCAGCUUCUCCGUCUCAUGAACUGGACAGUCACCUUCAGAUAGGGUGGAAUGGUUCAGUGCCGCAAUGUGUUGAUAUGGAGCCUCCGAAGUUUGAGAACUGCCCAGAGUCGGAGAUCUUUGCCAAGGUUGAUGAAAAUGGACAGUUGAAGGCUGUCGAGUUUGAGGAACCAGCUGCAAGUGAUAAUAGUGGAAAGAUCGCCUACACCCAGAUUGAGCCCCUCGGAAUGCGAACUGGCCUAAUGAUCACAGAGGAUAUGGAUGUCACCUACACCGCAUUCGACUCUGCUGGAAACACUGCAGUUUGUGUUCUGAAAAUCCGCAUUCCAGAUACCCAGCCACCUGUCAUGAAAUGUCCGGACUCGUACACCAUCCCUGUUGGAAACUCCACGAAGCACGUGAUCUUCGACAUGACCACUGUAGAUAUGGUACUUCAUGACACCUCCAACGUGUCCGACGUGACCUUCACACCAUCUGAGGCUACACUGAAGAUCGGAGAGUUUGAGGAGGUGACGGCGCAGGCGGAGGAUGAGAAUGGAAAUCGGAACAGCUGCAAGUUCCAGGUCGCGUAUGCACCUGAAGCAUGCUCCCCGGCAUCCUUGGCCUCUUCGAAUCAAAUUGUCAAGAACUGCGUUCACGAGGAAGGGGCAGUGGUGUGCAGUGUGUAUUGCGCUCAAGGAUAUCGAUUUGUGGAUCCAGACCAGAUUACGCAGAACUUUGUGUGCAAGGAUGGAAGAUGGUCGCCAAGGAAUAAUGCGCCAGCUUGUGUGCCAAUUCCAAAAGACCCUGCUGGCUUCCACGUCAACGUUGGUAUUAGCUACCCAGUAUCCUCGCCAGUACCGAAUCAUUGCUUAAAGGGUUACGCUGAGCUUGCUGCAAAAGAAUUCGACAAUCUUGACAAGGUACUCAGCUCUAGAUGCUCUUCCUCUGUAGAAGUUCACGUGAAACUUUUGAAACUAGACUUUAGCAACCAAAACGGAGUGCUCACUGGAAACUAUACUAUCCAAGUGCUCCCCACCGAGCAGCAGAGUGUAUUCUAUGAUCUGUGCGGGUUGACACUUCGAACUAUCUUCGAUCUGAAUAUUCCUGGAGCGAAUCAGCCGAUUCAAGCGCUACUCAGUUUGUCGGGAGAGGCGAUUGCUUCGCAGACUGCUGGAUGUCCUAGCAUAACCGCCAAGGCUUCAAGUGUAGUGCAAGGUUUUGCUUGUGCCACUGGAGAAGUUUUAAGGCAAGAGGCGAAGGAUCGACUUCCAGAGUGCAUGGCGUGUCCAAGCGGUUCAGUCAACAUCAACAACACUUGCAUGCUCUGCCCACGAGGAUCCUACCAAGACGAAUCCGGUGAAACUUCGUGUAAACCUUGCCCAGAUGGCACAUACACCUUGGACGAGGGAUCUCAAUCCGUUGGAAGCUGCUUAGCAAUCUGUGGGUUCGGAAUGUACAGCUCCACUGGGCUUAUUCCAUGUCAGCUCUGCCCUCGUCACACUUUCUCCGGAGCUGCUCCGAUCGGAGGAUUCCGAGAGUGCGAAGCUUGCCCAUCGGGAGCUUACACUGCUAAGCUCGGAGCAUCCAGUGCAUCUGAGUGUAAGCAAGCUUGCAAGACAGGAACCUACAGUAAUUCUGGCUUGGAACCUUGCUCGGCAUGCCCGAUCAACUUCUAUCAGCCAACCGUCGGACAGCAAAGCUGCAUCGAGUGCUCUAACACCACCGCGACUCAAACCACCGGAGAAUCCCUCGAAUCAUCCUGCUUCCCGAUCGACUGCUCGGCGAAAAUGUGCGAGAACAACGCCGAGUGCUCGGUAUUCAUGCACAGAGCCCAGUGUCACUGCAAGCCAGGAUAUGUCGGAGAUCGCUGUGAGAUGCUCGAGGACGUGUGCUCCACACAGCCAUGCUAUAACGGUGGGAAGUGUGAGCAAGUGGGCACAACUUACAAGUGCACGUGCCCGAAGAUGUUUAAUGGAGCCAGAUGUCAAUUUGAGAGUGAUGAGUGCAAUGGGGUAAAGUGUCCGAAUGGAGGUGUCUGUCAUGAUUUGCCAGGGGUUAAGUCGACGACAUGUCUGUGCAGAACCGGAUUCGCCGGACCCCAAUGCGAGGAGAUCACCGAUAUCUGUUCUACAAACAACCCUUGUCGAAAUGGUGCUCGGUGUAUUGGCGAGAAGCUCGGAAGAUUCAAGUGCCAGUGUGUACCGGGAUGGGAAGGACCCAAUUGCGACAAGAAUAUUGAUGACUGUGCUGACUCCCCGUGUGCUCUCAACGCGACUUGCGUCGACUUGAUCAACGACUACAAGUGUGAAUGUCCGACAGGGUUCAGUGGUAAGAGAUGCCAUAUUAAAGAAAACCUCUGCGCAUCUUCCCCGUGUGUUCACGGACUGUGCAUCGACAAACUCUACUCUCGCCAAUGCCUCUGCCAACCGGGAUGGACUGGCGAGAACUGUGAUCAGAACAUUGACGAGUGCGCGGCUUCCCCAUGCCAGAACGAUGCCAAAUGCAUCGACGAGAUCAAUGGCUACAUGUGUGAAUGUGCGGAUGGUUAUGAAGGGGUUCACUGUCAACAUCUUGUGGAUCAUUGUGCCAAGCAGCCAUGUCACAAUAAUGCUACGUGUACCAAUAUGGGCGCUACCUACCAUUGUGAUUGUACGUUAGGCUUUGAUGGGGUCCAUUGUGAGAUGAAUAUUGACGAAUGCGCUGAAAAUCAAUGUGACAAGCUCGGAACGGAAUCAUGUAGAGACGCUGUUAACGACUUUAAGUGUGUCUGUAAGCCCGGGUACACUGGGCCACGAUGUGAUGUCAAGCAGGAUCAAUGCGCAGACUCCCCAUGUCUGAACGAUGCUCAAUGCGUUGAUAUGGGUGGAGCUUACAAGUGUGUCUGCAAAUCGGGAUGGACCGGUCCGAAGUGUGAGCAGGAUAAUGGGAGCUGCGCCGCCAAGCCGUGCAGGAACAAUGGAUUCUGCGUGAGCCUCGUCGCCGACUACUUCUGCGUGUGCCCUCCAGGAGUAUCCGGAAAGAACUGCGAGUCGGCGCCGAACCGAUGCAUCGGCCAACCUUGCCAUAAUGGUGGAGAGUGUGGAGAUUUCGGGUCUCAUCUGGAAUGCGCCUGCCCGGCGAGCUUUACCGGGAAGGGAUGUGAAUUCAAGAACACUGGAUGCAAGACUUGCGAGAAUGGUGGAAAGUGUGCGGAAGCAGCUGGAGGUCUACAGAAAUGCGAAUGCUCACCUGGAUUUACUGGAGAGCGCUGCGAGACCAACAUUGACGAGUGCUCCACCGCGCAUUGUCCUUCUGGAGCAACUUGUGUCGAUCAGGUCAACACGCAUAUAUGUGUCUGCCCAUUCAACUUGACAGGAGUCCACUGUGACAAAAUGAUCAAUACCAACUAUGACCUUCAAUUCUUGGAUCCAUUCCGACCAACAUCUGCAUCACUCUACGCACCGUUCCGCAUAGAGUCAUCUGCCUUAUCAGUAGGGCUAUGGGUGAAAUUUGAGAAACCUCAUCAACACGCGGCAUUCUUUUCUUUGCAUAGAUUUGAUAACUCAAGUCAAGAAUAUGUGAGAGUAUCUUCUAACCUUGUACGGCUAACUCUGUUCCCUGGACUAGCUGCCGUGGAGGUUCCACUAUCUAGCAGUCAACACUUGAACAAUGGAAAAUGGAAUCACCUUCUUAUCACCUGGCAGUCCAAGACUGGAGCUUACUCGGUCAUCUGGAACUCGCUGAGAACCUAUUCUAACAAUGGAUAUGCUACUGGAAAGCAACUAGAUGUUAUGACUGGAAUUACCUUAGGCUCCACUGCACUUCCAUCCUUUGUCGGAUCCAUCGCAAGAGUUGGGGUAUGGAAUAGAGUUAUCGAUUUCGAGGAGGAACUCCCUUUGAUGGUUCAACACUGUCAGAGAUCCGAGGAAAUCUACAAGGGGUUGCUAGUAAGAUUCGAGGGAUUCACAAAGAUCAUCGGAAGAGUUGAGCGAACUCAUAAAUCAACAUGUGGAGUCGAGGAGAAGUCUGCUAUGCAGAAGAGUCAAUCGCAAAUUCUCAUCGAAGACUGCCCAUCUGACAUGGUGAUCUCCUCUAUGGACCGAGAGACAAAUGUAACCUGGCCGGAACCUACCUUCCUGAGCUCUAACUCCAAAAUCGAGAAAAUCGAGAAAAAUCUGAAGCAAGGACAGAUGUUCACAUGGGGAGAGUAUGAUGUGCUGUAUACCGCCACGGAUAAUGCUACCAAUCAAGCUCAAUGCAACUUCAAGAUCCGAGUUGGAAAGGAGAACUGUGUGGACGCAGCGGAUCCAGUGAACGGAGUGCAGUCGUGUGAGAGCUGGGGACCACAAUUGAAGUACAAGGCCUGCUCGGUAGAGUGUCGCGAUGGAUUCGAGUUUCCGAGGUCUCCGGCGGUAUUCUACACGUGUGCGGCUGACGGGAAGUGGAAGCCGAAUAAGAGCCCGAGCACAAUGUUCAGAUAUCCACAAUGUACCAAACACGUCCCAGCCACCAAAGUCGUCAUUGUCCGCAUCAUCUACGGAAGCUCACCGGCUUGCACGGAAUCUUCAAAGGAAGCUUUCACGCAAAAAGUUCAGCAAACUAUCGACGCUAUUGAUAGCAAGUGGAAGAUGUGUAGUUUAACUGACGCCAAUGGAUGUGUGGGUACCCAGGUUCGUGUAGAGUGUGGAGGCUCCAAGUUACCCGAAGAGGGACGUCGCCGUCGCCGCAACCCAGAAUCAGUGCUCGCCUCAUCCUUCGGAGUGGAAAUUGAGAUUCCUGUGAAACGAAGAAUGCUGGUCGAUCCGUCAUCUGGGCUCGAGACGACUAUCCGGGAUGCUCUUCACAAUGAGAUUCUCUCAGGAGUCUUGAACUUUGAAAAGGUUCUUCCGAACGGUCGGCCAGACGUUGGAUCCCUAAAGAUCAAAGAGGAGUAUCUCUGCCAAGCAGGUCAAGUUGUCGUUCGGGAUCUCUGUGUACCAUGUGCCCCGGGAACCUAUCACUCAGCAGCGACAGGCGAAUGUGAGCUGUGUCCAAUUGGAGAGUACCAGCCACUCACUGCCCGAACCGAAUGCUUCAAAUGUGCUCCAGGACAGAUUACGGCUAGCGAGGGUGCAAUUUCAGAGGGAGAAUGCAAGGAUAAUUGCCCGCCAGGUCAUCAGUACGAUUCGUUGACUUCUGAUUGUGUAACCUGUGGCUAUGGAUACUAUCAGCCAUCUGCUGGUGCCUUUGAGUGUAUUCCUUGUGGAAUCGGAAAGACGACACUCUCCGAGUUUGCGACCAGUGAGGAUGAGUGCAGGGAUGAGUGUCCAGAUGGCGAGCAACUUUCUGCGUCAGGAGUCUGUCAGCCGUGUCAAAUUGGAACCUAUAGGUCUAGAGGAGAGAACAAAAAGUGCGUCGCAUGUCCACCAGGAACUACAACCGAGGCAACAAUGUCGACAAGACGGGAGCAGUGCAAUACGCCGAAGUGCAAGCCGGGACAGUUUUUGGUUAAGGAGACAAAGAACUGUCAAUUCUGCCCACGUGGAACCUUCCAAAACGAAGAGCAGGAGAGCACAUGCAAGCUGUGUGCACCGGACCACACCACAGCUGCUCCUGGAGCCACUGCCGAGUCUCAGUGCUUUUCGACGAAUCAAUGUGCGACAGGAGAGUACAACUGCUCCUGGCACGCCAACUGCAUCGAUCUACCCGACGAGAAUGAUGUUCCGAGCUACGAGUGUCGGUGCAAGCCAGGAUACCGUGGAAAUGGAACUCACUGUACGGAUGCUUGCAACGACUUCUGCUUGAAUGACGGAAUCUGCAAGAAGAACAACAUCGGAAAUGUAGAGUGCAUCUGUAAGGAUCACUUUAGCGGGGAUCGGUGUGAGCUGAGAUUCCAAGCUUCAAAUAACAAGCUAUGGAUUGCAACGGUCAUUGUCGGAGUCGUAGUGAUCGGAAUCAUCAUUGUGAUCAUUGUGUUCAUGAUCUCCUUCCGGUUCAAUCAUGUCCAAGACACUAAUGAAAAGUCGUCGACGUUGGCGGAUCUGUCUCCAACUGCGAAUAACAUCCUCUACGGGACACCGCCAGUUUGCGAACCUCCACGCGCGUUCGGCUACUACUACGAAGACGACGACGUCUACGAGACAAAAUCACGCGAAAUGAUCGGAAGCGGAUCAGAACGUCGUCCGACCACGUCGACGGUUACCUCGAUGGGCGGUGCAAUGAGCCGAGCCAUCGAGCAGCACAAGUACGAGCAGCGGAUGCGGCAGGCGCAGCAACACAUGUAUCAGCCGGGCGGUGGCAACGACGAGGAAUGAAGGAAUGAAAACUUAUAUACCGACUAACUACGGGUUUUCGACACGGAAUAUUGCUCUUUUUCCCCUUAUUAGUGUCUUUCACUUUGCUUCUUCUUGCGAUUGAAGAAAACUUCUCACAAAUUUUUAACUUAUUUCUGUACUUGCAGUUAGUACUUGUACCUUUAUUUCACUUUUUCUCUGAAAACCGCUCAACUCGUGUAAAUACCGUACCUCAACUAUUUUCCAGUUAUUGAAAUUAUCGAAUAAAUUUUAAUUAUUCAAUGUUAUACAAAAAA